GGAAGCAUGUAACACAGUUACUGAUAGCAACACAAUGUGAACACUGAUAUCAUAAAUAGUUAAUGUAAUAUUGUAAUGGAAUAUCAUUAAUUUUAAACAAGGUUUAUAAUGGACCAUGGACUGUAAGGUCUAAACUUUAGAAGUCUCAGUUGUCACUAUUGGUAUCUUAGUUACCACAGGUCACCUGCUCUUCUCGUGUGUAACAAAGAAGGAGUGUCAGGUGUACUAAUGAUAGAUGUGUCUGACCUGAGGUUUUUACACACGUUAAACUUUAAGUGCGCCUUCAGAGAAGAAUGCCUUCGGGAAGAAAAAUCCGCUCUUCUUCGGCUUCUGGAAGAUUGGAAUGCCCAAAUGUGACCAGCAUCCUCUCAGAACUGAAAUAUGUUCUGGAUGUGACGAGGAUCCACUCCAGGGCUGCAGGUCGGGCUGGGAGAGGUGUUGAUGACAUUUCAUCAAAGAGACGAGCAAAUGGGGAAAAUAAAGAUCAGCCAGAGUGGCUUAUUCGAGAGCUGCUGCAACACAACAGGAGACACUCUGUCACACUUGGAGACAGGUCUCCUACCUUAAGACGACAACAUGACAGAAUCAACUCCAUUCGCAAACUGUGCAGCCUCAAGGUCAGUGAAACAAUGUCACUGCACGAACUCCAGAAACUGAAACUUGCAUUUGAGGAUUUUGAAAAGAACGGCUCAGGAUGCAUUGAUGUGAAAAACUUCAUCGGCAUAGUAAAGAAAUGUUUGGGUUUAAAACACAUGAGCAAUGAACAGAUUCAAGGGUUAUUCAAGAAGAUUGAUUAUUCAGGCCAAGGAAGAAUUUCAUGGGGUCAGUUCUGUGCACACAUGCUGCAGGAGCACAGGGAGAGGGAAGAAAGCACAAGACGCAGCAAACAGGUGGCUUUUACUUUGCCUGCUACAAUGAAGCCGUUGUGCCAGAGCCUCCCCAUCAUCCCCAUCGUCAACAUCCACCCCAGCCAUGACGGCACCAUAGUAACCGUCAGGGAAGAUGGUGCUGUUUGUUCUUGGAGCCCUGAACUGAAACUCCAGAGGACUAAACACAUAUUUGAUGGAGGAGCUGCCAACAGAAAGUCAAAGUGGGCCAGUGAUUUCACCGUGAUCCCUGAGUACAAGAAGCUGGUAAUUGUAACUGGAGACAGAGAAAUGCAGUUUUAUGAUCUCUCCACUCUGGAUCCCUAUUGCCAGAUCACUGCACUUGAUACAGUUCCUCUGACUAUAGACUACGGGUAUUCCCAAACUGACAAAUGUUGUAUCCUGUAUGGAGACACUGAGGGAUGUGUGACAAUUGUUUUAAUUUCCUCUUUUGGGGAUACACUCAGGUUGUGGAACAAAUUACCACGGGUGAAUAAUAUACCAACAACAGAGAUUGAAAACACAGUGGCUUCUCCAAAUGUAACCUUUGUCCGUUGGAAGGUUCAUCAGGACUGGGUGACACAGGCAAAAUAUUUCCCAAGUUUCCAAGCGGUAGUGUCCUCAUCAAAUGAUGAAUCCACCUCUCUCGUUAUAGGCUGUGUGCUGCCUCUAACAGACGCUGAGCAGGAGCUGACUGAGAUCAGGGAGGCCUGUUAUGAAGGAAAGACCAAGAAGGUCCAGAUGAACUGGACGCCACAGACCAGAGCGUCCAGAGACCAGAGAGUUUUUACCGUUUACAAAGGUGUCAAGAGCUUCGACCUUUGUCACAAGCACAGCAUGUUGGUCACUGGAGGCUUGGACAGACUCAUCAGAAUCUGGAACCCACAUUUUUGCGGAAAACCGACAGGAUUCUUAAAAGGCCAUUCAGCUCCAGUUGUCCACCUCUACGUCUCCUCGGAGGACAGUCAGGUCUUCUCUGUCUCCAGUGAUUCUACUGUAAAGAUAUGGGACAUUCAAGACCAGUGCUGCCUGAUCACAGCAGAAUCCAAAGCGACUGGAGUUCAUGGUGACGUGUCAGCGUGCCUGUAUUCACCUGCUAUGAAAUCCCUUUUCAUCGCAGCAGACUGUAUGGCUGUGCUCUCACUGAAGAUGAGGCAACAACAGUUCAGCAGCGGCCGUCUGACUGUGUCGCACAAUGAGCCUGUCACAUGCUGCGGCUUCAGCGAGGAGUUUCGUCAAGUUGUGAGCUGCUCUGAAGGUUCUGUCGUUAAAGUCUGGGAUUUUGAUACCGGCCGUCAAGUCUUCGAGUUUGGUGGCACGCGGGAUCUGGCAGCCAUCACCUGCAUGACCUUUGACCUUAAAGGGAAAAGACUCAUCACUGGUGGAAGAGAUGGAUAUUUAAAGAUCUGGAACUUCAGCAAUGGUCAGUGCCUGAAGACACUGAGGAAGGACAGUGAAUGUCUGGAAGUGUGCCACUGCAGCUUUCUUAAGGUUCACAGGAAUUGCUAUGUCAUAUCUGUGGGCCGGGAUCGCAAGAUUGACAUUUACUCAGAUGAACCAGACGACCUCCAUCAUGUCCAGCAGCCACAGCCUCCGUGGCGGGAAGAUACGACAAACGGCCAUAAAGACGACAUCCUUUGUGUGGCCCAGUGUUUGCCAUCGCUCCUGGCCACCAGCAGUUAUGAUGGAGAGAUCAUAGUGUGGAACGUGGUUUCUGAAGGAAUACAGUGUCGGUUCCCCUUCCCUCAGUCGGCUGAAAGUGAAGCAGGGUUGGAUAAAAGCGUUCCAAGCAUCAUUUUCCUGAAGAACCCCAGGUUGUCCUCUUCAACGGUUCUCCUGUCGUCUGGAACCGCAGGUUGCAUAAAUAUCUGGCAGGUGCUCGGAGGAGGAAAGUUUUUGAGCAGCUUCAAAGUUUCUAGAUUCCAACAAAAGAUUACAAAAAUGGCUAAAACAGCCAAAGACACAUUUCUGUAUGCUGCUGACCAAAUUGGUUACAUUUAUGUUUACGACAUGAGCGAUUUUCAUCCUGAGAAAAAGUCACCGAAAGCUGACUACUUCUGGCGUGCCCACAUCAGCAGAGUCUCUGGCCUGCAGAUUGUUGACAAUGAUCAAGUGGUGCUUACCUCAUCCUUCGACCACACAGUUCGUCUCUGGAGUGCACGCGGAGAAUGCGUUGGGACCUUUGGGCAGACAGAUUGCUGGAGUAUUCACAUCACGUCUUCCUGGCUGCAUCCCACUGUCCCUUAUGAGGUUUUGAUUCAUCCUCUGAGUAUUCCAGAUCAUGAGAUGCUGAAUUUUAAAUCAUACUUCUCUGAUGCAAUCAAUCCUGACGAGACAGGAGCUGGCUGCAGGGAGCUGAAGGCUGUGCCAUGCGAUUCCCUGGCAUACUAACAAGCUAUUGAACCACAGCAUUUCGAGAAGGCUUUGAAAAUGUGGGCCUGACCUCUCCCUCGGUCGCACCUAUUGAUCCUCUUAUAAGCAGCGCUGAGAAACUGCAGUCAACUGAACAAGAUGAAACUGUAUUGAUCACACUUUGGAAUGUGCAGCAAAAGAGGGAGCGAGCGCCAACGAAAUAAUACAGACAACCGGCUUUCUCCUCAAGAGACCUGCGAGAGAAUGUUGAAUAAAAGAAAAGGUGUGGAAAGAUGUGGCAAAUUGUUGACGUGUGGCUGUAAAAUGCAGCGAUAGUUGAUGAAAAUAUGGACGGUGAUGCAGGACGACAGGUGCCCUCUGGCAGAAAACCAACACAGUUAAUACACUCCUUGUAAGAAUUCAGGCCAGAACUCAAUAGCAGACGGUCAACACGAUCGGACACAGAAACAGACUCCAGACCAAGCAGCAAAGGAACAAAAUCAUCAGGUUAGAACAAAGUCUGAGGAAAGAAAGGAAAGAACUGGCAACUAAAAGGAGGAAGAAAGGGGGCGGAGUUAACAAGACACUGAUGUUGGGGUGUUCUCCAGGUACUCAUCAGGUUGAUUGAACACUUUAACUUGACCAUAGGUGUGGAUGUGAGUGUGAGUGGUCGUUUAUUACUAUGAUGCACAGUGCCCAGUGGCGCAGUAUGGGGAGUGUGGGAGGGGGAUGGUUAAAAUGAUACCUGGGGCCCUAAGUGAUCCGGAAAAAAAUAAUAAUCAUGGAGUGGGUGUCAGUCUUGCAUCACAUGGUGAAUUAUGCACUGUAUGUCCCCGCUACCCUGAAAAUGAAUUAGUAUAAAAACGUGUGCAUCUAAA